AAUGUGACUAUAAAAACAACAAAGAAAAUCAUGUACAACUCUGCUAUCUUGUCUCAUCUUUUUCAUAAGUCAGCCAAGAAAGCACAAUUUUCCAACAAUUCUGUUAAAACACUUGUGGGAUCUCUUAAUAUGAUUCAUUAAGCCAGCCUAUAAGUAUGAGAAUAUAGAUUUAUACACAUCAAGGCCAGGCAUUACGAAAUAAUGAGUUCAGUGAAAGAAUUUGGUGAUGAGGUCCAGCCAAGAAGCUACUGGAGAUGUAGCAAAGCAGAUUUUUUCCCGGAGCAAUCUUUUGAGAAUUGGGGUACUUAUCGUUACGCGUUAUCACAAACAGCUUAUCGUUUCAAGGACCGGCUAUUAAGCCGAUCAGACGAUGCAAAUGAGACCACUGAGCUGAAAAAACAGAGCGAAAAUGACCUGAAAAGAUGUCUCAAUUGGUGGGAUCUUAUUUGGUUCGGCUUUGGUUCAGUCAUCGGUGCUGGCAUAUUUGUGCUCACUGGUCAAGAAUGUCAUGAUCAUGCCGGGCCUUCAAUUGUUCUGUCUUACGUUGUUUCGGGUAUCUCAGCAAUGCUUUCUGUUUUCUGUUACACAGAAUUCGCCAUUGAAAUCCCGGUAGCAGGAGGCUCAUUUGCUUACUUGAGAGUAGAAUUAGGAGACUUUGCAGCAUUUAUAACCGCGGCAAAUAUACUUCUUGAGAGUAUUGUUGGCAGUGCUGCAGUUUCAAGAUCCUGGACAUCUUACUUCACAUCACUUCUAAACAAGCACCCGGAUUCCCUCCGUAUUCAUACUAACCUCACAGAAGGAUACAAUCUGUUGGAUCCAAUUGCGGUGGCAGUUCUGGCUAUUGCAUCAGCUAUCGCGAUGGCUAGUACUAGAAAAACCUCGUAUCUCAAUUGGAUAGCCUCAGCAGCAAACACUCUUGUAAUUCUGUUUGUGCUAAUUGCAGGGUUUGCUCAUGCUGAUACUGCAAAUCUGAAGCCAUUUUUUCCAUUUGGUGCCAAAGGCGUUUUUCAAGCUGCAGCAAUAGUCUACUUUGCUUAUGGUGGAUUUGAUAGCAUCGCGACAAUGGCAGAGGAAACAAAGAAUCCAUCCAAAGAUAUCCCUCUGGGAUUACUUGGAUCAAUGUCUAUUAUAACAGUUGUGUAUUGUCUUAUGGCGCUUUCGCUUCCCAUGAUGCAAAAAUUCUCAAGUAUAGACCGCGAGGCAGCUUACUCAACUGCAUUCGAAAGUGUGGGAAUGAAAUGGGCUAAAUAUCUAGUGGCCUUAGGAGCCCUCAAAGGAAUGACCACUGUACUAUUAGUAGGAGCCCUCUCACAGGCUCGUUACACGACUCACAUUGCGCGAGCCCAUAUGAUCCCCCCUUGGUUUGCUCUUGUUCAUCCCAAAACAAGAACCCCUAUAAACGCAACACUACUAAUCACAAUCUGUGCUGGUUGCAUUGCAUUCUUCUCCAGCCUCGACGCCUUAUCAAGCCUCCUAUCUAUAAGUACACUUUUCAUCUUCAUGAUGAUGGCCGUGGCGCUUCUAGUUAGGAGAUACUACUCAAGAGGGGUGACUCCUAGAGCAAACCUCUUGAAGCUUGUCGCGUACUUGUUGGUAAUCAUAGCCUCUUCAAUGGGAAUUUCGGCCUAUUGGGGAGUGACUCAAGACGGGUGGAUUGGAUACGCUGUCGCGGUGCCUAUAUGGUUUUUAGGUACACUAGGAAUCGCUAUGCUGCCACAACAGAGGACGCCAAAAGUUUGGGGAGUUCCACUUGUUCCGUGGCUACCAUCUUUGAGCAUUGCAAUCAACUUGUUUCUGAUGGGAUCAUUGCCAUCUUCAGCUUUUAUGAGAUUCGGGGCCUGCACGGUUGUAAUGCUGAUUUAUUAUUUCUUUUUUGGUCUUCAUGCAACCUAUGAUAUGGCUCACCAGCAGCAAAAGACGGACACCACAAAGAUUCUUGAACUUGAAGAGCAUCAAGUUGGAAAAGAAAGGUCUGUCGAGGAUUCGGGGAUAGCCUAGUGGUAAAGAUCUGUGUUCCUCUCGUGACACAGGUCAUGAGUUCAGGCUUGCCUUAAAAAAUACAGUGUUAAUUCAUACGCACACUAUUGAUGUAUUCAACAACCUCCGUAAUAAUAUAACGCAUUUGCAGCUAUGGUAUAAA